GCUCCGGCCGUGCCACUCCCUCCACUUAACACCAGCUUACCAUCACUCCCCUCCUGCACAGUCCUCUGCACCAGCCAGCGCACGGCGAGCGCGCGGGGGCGGCCGGCAUUGGCGCCGUAAGAUGGCGAGCGGCUCCGGGGAGCACUUCCUGAGGCAGCUGAGCUCCAGCAACGGGCUGCAGGCCGCGCAGGACGGGUACGGCGGCGGCGGCGGAGGGAGGAGGAGGGGCUCCAGGCGGUGGUCCAAGAAGCGGGCCGGCGGGAGAGGGUACGGCGGCGGCGGGAAGGGGGAGGCGGCGGCGUCGGCGUCGGCCGGGAGGAAGCGGGUGAUGGUGGUGGUCGACGACAGCUCCGGGGCCAAGCACGCCAUGAUGUGGGCGCUCACCCACGUCGCCAACCGGGGGGACUUCCUCACCCUGCUCCACGUCCUGCCGCACUACGGCGCCGGAGCGGAGGAGGCGCCCUCCCUCGCCAACUCCCUCGGCACCCUCUGCAAGGCCUGCAGGCCUGAGGUGGAGGUGGAGGCGCUGGUGAUCCAAGGCCCCAAGCUGGGCACCAUCCUCAGCCAGGUGAAGAAGCUGGAGGCCUCCGUGCUGGUGCUCAGCCAGACCAAGCCAUCUACGUUGUGCUGGCUAAGCUGCUUGGCGCGGAGCAACGGGGAGGAGCUGGUGGAGCAGUGCAUCAACCAGGCCGAGUGCCUGACGCUGGCGGUGAGGAAGCAGAGCAAGGGCGUCGGCGGCUACCUCGUCAGCACCCGGUGGCAGAAGAACUUCUGGCUCCUCGCUUGACCUGCCCAUCCGCCAUGGCGCCAUGUCCACGACGAUGUUUUUAUGGAGUGUUUGCUGCUGAGUUUGUCUGUCUGGUUCGUUCCUGCGUGAUCCUCAUUUUUUACUCCCGUACAUCUGUCAUCCUGUGUUCUUUAACCCGUCGAUCGAGUAUAAAAAAUAAAAAAGAUGUCCGUGCAGGCGUGCAGCAUGCGGCCACGUCGUUCGUGUGUCGCUGCGGUGGAUCGUGCAUGCUGCUGCCCCAUCGUGUUGUACUGUAAAAUGUAAAGUCUGAAAGAGUCCUAGGAUUUGACCCUCCUACAGCCUUGCCGUCUUUUCAGCGUGUGUAAUUUGUAGUACCAACUUUUUUUUAAUCUUUACUGCUGCGAGACUGUAAUCUGUACCUUGAUGUACCAUCAUCGUGUUGUGUUGCACAAAGGACUGAUGCUGUUGUUGAGUGCUCA